GUCGAUAUUUCUUGAAUCGGGCGGGCCCUCAGGUCAGAUCUUGCCAUCUUUUCUUUCCCUCCCCCUUUCCUCCUCUGCAUGCCCAUUCACAGGCGUGUCCGAGCCAGGCGCACCCUCGUUCCUCCACCGCGCUUCGCAACCUGGGCCCGCCUCGUGUAAGUGAGUGAGAGAGUGGCGAUUGAGUGAGUGACAGAUACCCUACAACCACCACCACCGCCGCCGCUGCAAUCGCACGUUGUUCCCCGUCCCAGAAGGCGACGGAGCUCCCGGCACGAUGAACGUCAACGAGCAUGUGGUGCCCUCGGGGCAGCACUACAGCGGGCGCAACCGCGUGCCCAACAUCCAGCAGUUCAUGGAGCAGCUCGACAAGGAGAAGAAGGAGCGCGACGCCGCAAUCGACGCCGACCUCGGCAAGAACAAGCAGAGCAAGGAGGUCAAGGACCACAAGAACACGGAGAAGCCCACGCGCAAGGACCUGCGGACCGUCCGCGACCCCGUCACCGGUAAGGAUGUGGACAUUCGCGACGCCCAGAUGGACUUUAAGGAGGCGGCCGACAACCCGCAGAUGUCAAUUCCAAACGAGAACCUCGGCAAGCAAACGACCGCCAAGGUCUCCUCGAACCAGUCUGGAGAAGAGUACCGCCGUGCCCAAGACAUUCUGGCGCCUCCAGACCCCGUCCAGGAGGGCGCCACAUCAGACGUGCCCAUCCGCAGCGAAAAGACGUCGGUGCUCUUUUACAAGACGCCCUCGGUCAGCUACGAGCCCAUGUUUGCCUCUCUCGAGCGCAAGGCAAAUAUCCUCUGCCUCGGCAUCUUCAUUGCCAUUGUCUUCAUCGGCAAGUUCUUCGGCGGCAGGCUCCUGGGACUUGUUCCCCUCGGCUUUUGCGUUGCUUCCGGCGUCUUUCUCUGGGUCAAGGACGUGAUCCGCCAGGGUCGCGACGUCGAGUGGUCCAGCGAGCAAGAGCGCGGCGAGACGGCCACGGUCAAUCUCAUCCCCGAGUCUGUCGAGUGGAUGAACACGGCCAUUGGCAUUGUCUGGGGCCUCAUUAACCCCGAGAUGUUUGCUUCCGUGGCCGAUACGCUGGAAGACGUCAUGGCCGCAUCUGUCCCCGGAAUCAUCGAGCACGUCCGAGUCGCCAACAUUCAGCAGGGAAACAACCCCAUCCGCAUCCUUAACAUGAGAGCCCUGCCCGACUCGCACGUGCAGGACAUCAAGGACGAAAUUCACAAAGAAAAUGAGAGAACAAUGGACCCCAACGAGCUCGCCGCCGCCGAGCAAGCCGGCUCGUUUUACAACAUGGAAGUCUCUGUGGCCUAUCACGCAAAACCAUCCGGCGAGGACGUCGCCUCCAAAGCCCGAAACAUGGGCAUGCAGCUCGUCUUUUAUCUGGGCAUCAAAGGACUCUUUGGCGUUCCCUUGCCAAUCUGGGUAGAGCUGAUCGGUCUCGUUGCGACAGCACGAGUGCGACUCCAGCUCACCCCUGAUCCACCUUUCCUCAAAGCCGUGACGUUCACUCUUAUGGGCAUCCCCAAGGUUCAAGCCGGAUGCACGCCCAUGGUCGAAAAGGGCGUCAACAUCCUCAAUCUGCCCCUGAUUUCCAACUUUGUCAACUGGGCCAUCGGUGCGGCCGCGUCCAUGUACGUGGCGCCAAAGAGCAUGACCAUUGACAUGAGCAAGAUGCUCCAGGGCGACGACAUCAAGAAGGAGACGCUGGCAAUGGGCGUCAUGUUCAUUCGCAUCCACAAGGCGACUGGCCUCAGCAAGCAAGACCAGAGGGGAAGCAAGGGCGGCGGUUCGGAUCCAUACAUUACCAUCAGCUGGAGCAAGUUUGGAAAGCCGCAGUUCUGCACCCGCGUCAUUCAAGAUGACCUCAACCCUGUCUUCGAGGAGACCUGUGGCCUUUUGGUCACCAGCGACCUCAUCAUCGCCGACGAGCAGCUCUCCAUGGAACUGUGGGACAGCGACCGCUCGUCCGCCGACGAUGUCGUGGGCAAGGUUGAGCUCAGCAUCCAGAAGCUCAUCCAGCACCCUGGAAAGAUGUUCCCACAGGUAUCGAAACUCCGUGGCGUCAAAUCUGACAGCAGCAUGCCCGGUGAGCUCCACUGGGAGGUCGGCUUCUUCGGCAAGACGCAGUUCCGCAAGGCGCUUCGUACUCAGGGUCAGGACAUUAAGCUGCCCAAGGAGCUGGCCGAUAAACCUGAGUUCCAGGAAGACAAGGGCACCAUUGAGUCGACGGAGGAGGAUGCCGUCGUGCACACACCGCCUGAUCCUCUGUGGCCCUCGGGCGUCCUCAGCGUCGUCGUCCAUCAGAUUGUCGGCCUGGAACUUGCCAAUGUCAAGGGGUCCGAUGGAAAGCGAAAGGGUAAGGAGUACGAACCGGCCCGGCCAGAAGCAGGUGAAGUCAAGGAGGAGCAAGGACGCAAGCUGCCGAGCUCGUACUGUACGAUUCUUGUCAACGACGACCUCGUUUACAAGACGAGGACCAAGGUCGUCUCCUCGCAGCCCAUCUUCAACGCCGGUACCGAAAAGUUUGUCCGCGACUGGCGGUCCUGCGUGGUCACUGUUGCUGUGCGCGACUCGCGCAAUCGGCAGCAUGAUCCCAUUAUCGGCGUUGUGCCCCUGAAGCUGUCCGAUGUGCUGCAGACGAGCAGCGAGUCCACCAGGUGGUAUCCUCUCGACGGCGGCAUCGGCUUCGGCCGCGUCCGCAUCUCUCUGCUCUUCCGUUCUGUCGAGCUGAAGCUGCCCCCGCCUCAAUUGGGCUGGGACAUUGGCACGUUUGAGUUCAUAUCCGACACCAUUGCCCUGACCAACUACGCACCCGGCAAUCAUGUCAAGUUGAGGCUGCGCACCGGCGGAUCUUCAGCUUCGGUUAAGAAGCACUUUUCGAAGAAGACAGAAAAUGGCAUGGAGAUUAACAUUACGGGCGAAGACGGACAGCACCGAAUGCGGCUGCCUGUCCGCCACAGGUACCGAUCGCCGGUUUUCUUCGAGCUGUACUCUGGAGGGAGUCGCAAUCCCGACGCAUACGCCGCGGCCUGGCUCCUGGAACUCACCGACGGCGAGGAGCGCGACUUUGAUCUUCCCAUCUUCAAAUGCGACAACAGGCUGCGACUUUCGCAAAACUACAUCACCCAGGACAAUUACAAAGAGAUUCCUGAUAUGGACAUUGAGGAGGUUGGCCGCAUCAGGUUCCGGGGCCGCUUCUCUGCUGGCACCGACACCGACCACAUCCGCUUCGUCAGCGACAACGACUCCCGGGAGACGAUUGAGGCUUGGGAGGCUUGCUACGCCGAGGGAGUGCGCGAGCAAGAGGUCCAUGCAGAGGUGCCGCCUUUGGUCCAGAAGCUGCAUGACGAGUCGUUGACGCACGGCCGCGACGUGCUCGCCCAGGCAGACGAAAAGGACAAGGAGAAGUGGCUGGCCAAGGACGGCACGGACUGGAGCGGCGCGUUCGGCAAAGACCCACGGGAGCUCAUGUCUGCAAAUAAUGCCAAUCCCGAUAGCGAAGAGUACGAUGAGUUUGACCAAGACGACGUCGACGAGGAUGAAGACAGCAGCAGCAAUCCCGAUCUCGGCCUCCAGGAUGGUUACUCGGAUCAGAGCAGUGACGCUGGGCGGCGGUCGAUGGACACGCAAGGGACGGGGGGCACAAGCUCGUCAACUCAAAGCAGCAGCAGCAAGAACCCCAUCAAAGCUUACAAGGACUACAAGACGCGCAGCCGCGACCUGCAUCGCAAGCACAGGGGGUUGAUGCAGUGGCGGCCGAUGCGCAACGCGCAGUUUGCCAAGGACGAGGCCAAGUACGCCGUGAGAAAGGUGACGAAGCUGGGAGCUCUGGACGGGCGCCAGCCGGAUGUUGAGACGGAGGUCUAAGCAAGGAUGUGAUGGAUUCGGUCGAUGAGGUACGAUACUUGGUGUUUGUUUGUAUAGCCGGAGACUGAAACAGUUUGCCACAUAUUCACAAUUUCAGGUUCGAGACAUGACGAUACGUCAUUGCUUGACACGUGUUUAUUGAGUGUUUGUAACUUAGAACUUUUCAACGUAGGGGCGGAGGUCCAGCUCCUGUGUAAAGGCAGAUCUAUGCUGGG